CGUGAUAUCGGGCCCCUUGAGCUCCUCAUAGCACACUGCAUAUCACGUUAGACUUAGACUGUAAUUACGAUCAGCACCUAAACGCUACACCGUGAAGCACACCCACACUAUGGCGUCUAAAGACAACAAAAAGGUCACCAAGACUCAAACAAACCGCCUGCCAGCUCCUGCACUGUUCGUAGGCCCACCAUCGCACAAUGCCUCGAAUACGUCGCUUCUGCCUCCGGGCACCGAGACUCGCACUCCCGCGAAGACGCCUCUUGUCCGCCAACGCUCCCAUCUUUCCCCCGAUUCGAAGCGGCCGCUACCACCGACAACCAGCAGUCAGUACGAUGGCGACCAUCUUAGUCUCAUGUCUACAAACACUUCUGCACCCUUCCAACGGCGGCAGCGGCAACAGAGUGAAGCGGCAGAUGCCGAAGCAUCAUCUAGAGCCGAAGCAAUAUGGGCGGAGAUGCAGAAUACGCUAGAGGAGGUAGAACAGAGCGCGAUCAAGGGGCCAGGAAUGACAGUCUUCGGGUCCGAGCAUGCGCGCGCAUUAGACGAGCUACGCCGAGCGCAGAUUGAACUUGCGAAGGCUUGGGCGCGUUCAGAAGCCGAAGAGAACGACCAGUCGACAGGACAACAGAACAAAGUACAGGAUAUAAGUGCCACUGAUUUAGGACCGCAAAAUGGUCGCGCAAGAGCGACGAGUAAUGCAGGCACUAGCAGGGGAGAUAAACUAUUCGAUACAAUCAAGCUAGAAGAAGAGACAGAGAAGGAUAUUGAGCUAAGCAGGAAGAGGAGGGAGGAGAAUGACCGAUACUUUGAGAAUGUGAAUAAAGGUGUACAAGAGGUGGUCGUACGGUUGGAAGACGUGGCGAAGGCGAUGAGGGGCGUCGAGAGCGAGAGUAAAGAGAUUUGGGGACAUGGGAGUGAGGCUGGUGCCGACACUGAGAGUGUCAUGUCGAGACCGAGUGUCAUCUGAAGCUCUCUGGGGGAUUGACUUCUUUUCCGAUUGUUGUGUUUGCUCAACCCCACCGAACUCAUACACGAUCGCCCAAAGACCUAGUGAGACAAGCAAGCGCAUGCUUCCUCAUAAUGGCUUCGAAUUAUACAAACCGUGUAAUUUCGGCAGUUGCACUAAGCGUUACAUUCAUGAUGGCAAUCCUUUGGCGUUGAUGCUUCACA